CCUCACCUUCAACCCUACUACUAGCUGGCUCUUGUGUGCCAUCCGGAUCUGGAUCUAGCCUCCUCCCCCGUCCCUAUAUAUAAGCCCACCCUCGUGCCGUGUUCCGCCGUGCCGAGAAGAAACCAUUAGCCAGAGUCAGAGUUCAGCAACACUCCUUCACUAAACCUUGCUCACUUCCAACGAUCAUUAGCCAGAGUGAGAGAGUGUUGAAGAAAAGAUGAAGCUUAUGGGGAGGAGCCAGAGGAGAGGAGGAGGCUUGAGCAAGACCUUGAAGGAGCACAAGGCCAGGCUCUACAUCAUCAAGCGCUGCGUCGUCAUGCUCCUGCGGUGGCACGACUGACUCCCUCCCUCCCUCCUUCCAUUCCAUGGAUGGUGUCUGAAGCGAAGAUUUCUUUUUCUGAUUCUGAAUCUGUGAUUUGAUCGUGCUGUGCCAGAAUGGUGUCGGCCGGCGAAGGUUGUACAUACAAAAGAGGCCAGCUAAUUAUAGAAGUAGAAGUAGCAGCAAAGCAAUAGGGCUAGGAUAUAGCGUUCGUUGAUUCACCACAUCCAGUCCCAGCAAGUGUGUCCCAUUGCACUCUUCUUGCAUCACUGAAGAAUAUACUGGGCUGAAAGAGAAGGAAUAAUCACUGGAUCCAUCGCU